UGUCACCUUGAUGUUAUAGGACUCUCCAUCAACACCAAUCAGCAACAGGGUGUUGGAGGAGGAGGAUGAGGAGGAGUGUCUCUUUCUCUCUCUUUCUGCCAGGCUGGAGGAAAGAAUCAUUGCUGGGAAUGGUCUCCCUCUCAGCUCACUACUCUUGUUAUUAUUUUCCAUCCUGUCACUUGCCAGCCCAUGAAUAGUCAAUAACAAACCAUCAGGCAGGAAAUGAUGGAGCAGAUGCAUCGAUCAGUGCUUGGUCUGAGUUGUAUUUAUGAAGAACCGGUUCUAUCAAGUGUGACAGACCUCACUUUACCUCCAAGGAUUGUCCCAACAGUGUUUUGCGAGUGGUUCACAGGGAUCUGCACACAGUGGAUUAGCUGGAAGAAUGUUUCUAUGGGCUGGAAGCAAAGGAGCUCAAGCAUCAGGACGUGAGGGGAGGAGCAUUUAUCAGAAGAUUCGUGAGUAUGAUGUUUUGGAGAAAAGGAGGACGGUGACAGCUCUGAAGGCUGGAGAGGACAGAGCUAUUCUCUUAGGCCUCAGCAUGAUUCUCUUCUCAGCCAUGAUGUACUUUGUGUUGGGCAUUACAAUGGUGCGCUCAUACACCGACAGCGUUUGGACAGAAGAGUCUAAAUGCACCGUGCUGAACUCUAGUAUCAUUGCUGAGAUAAACUGCAGCUACAGUUGUGGCUCAGAAUGCAGGAAGAGCUCCAGGUAUCCAUGUCUUCAGGUGUACGUCAGUCUGAACUACUCGGGGAAGGUUCUGAGACUCUCACACAAUGAGGAGACCCAUGAGGCCAACCCUGAGUGUUUUUAUAUCCCAAAAUGCCGCAAGGAUCACACGCUGAUGCACACCAUCGUGAUGAACAUCUCAGAGCGACUGAAGACCCACACACAGGUUUCGUGUUACUACGACCCCUCAGAGCAGCAGGACAGUGUUAUCCUGACGCGUCUCUACGGCCGCAGAGCCAUCGUAAGCUCUCUCCUCUGGCCCACGUGUGCGCUGGUGGGGGGCACACUUAUCAUCGCCAUGGUGAAACUCACCCAGUAUCUGUCCUACCUGUGCGAGCAGAUCAGUCGCAUCAAAAGGAUGGGUCUCCACUCUUUAACAGGAACCUACCACACCAGGGUCUGCACUCGGAGGUUUAACAGUGGCCUCCAGGACGAGGUUUAAGGGGACGAUGAAGUACAUAUUAGUCAACAGACCUAUCUUUUCAUUCACAUGAGACACAAAGUGCUUUGGCUCAGGUGGACUCCCAUCUAUGCAGGUUGAAGAGUUGGCAAGGCUGUAGCAUUGUUGUCUGUAAUUCUCAGAUCAACAGAGCCCCUAGUGGUUGUAGAUGAAAUUUCCUAACGUCAUGCUGGAUAAACUCCUGAAACUCAAGGAUUUAAAUAUGUGGUCCUGUUGUGGAGUGUUGGUUGCAUUGGAACGCAAGGACUCCAAGAAGGUGCCAUUUCGUUGGGCUACGUCUCGAUCAGCUGAUAUCUAAUAUAGUCACAGGAUUUAAACUGGUCUGCAUACACUAUUCAACAGCUCCUGUCAUUCGUAGCGAUUGUGACAAACAUUUCUCUUUAAAACCAAAGGUCAUCAUCACUGUUUUGCAUCUUCCUGAGUGCUUUUUCGAGAUCCAUUGUAGUUCAAAUAGUAAAAUAAUUUAGCUGUGCUCCAAACAUUAUUGAGCUGUCUGUCUACCUAGAGAAAAAUGUAAGGCAUCAUAGGCCAAACUUGCAGCAGAGGAAGUUUCAUCCCACGUAUUGUUUAUAAAGGCGAUCCCAGAAUGCACAGACAAGAUCUGUGAAAACGGUCUAUGUAGUGAUAAAUGUGAUCAAUUUUAAUUACAUGUAACGCAUUAUGUUUUUACACAAUAUUUGUUUGAGCUUAUUGAAAUAUUGCAUUGAUACUUCUAUUAUUAUUAGCGACAUGCUAACAUCAAAAUCAACUGAUUAUGAGUCAAGUGUACUAAACAAGAAGUAUUACUUGGAAAUGCUGCUUAGGGCAUUAGCAUAGGUGGAGUUUGCCGUUUGUGCACCUACUGGCAAACAAGGGUACUGCAUGCUUCGUGAUUAGCGAGAGAGUGCGGUUUUUAUAUGGUAAAUUAAUUAAAACUAAUUUAGCUUUAAGUUACUCAAUCUGCCCAUUAAAAUGUUAAGAUUAGACAAAUAAAAUAUAAAUUCUCAUAUUUCUAUUUCAUUAAUAGCUCAGACAAAAUCAUAAUUGGUUCUGGGCUGGGGGGCAGUGAGCCCCCGGCCCCCCCAAACUCUGCCGUUGGGCAUUAGAAUGCUGUCUUAAGUCCCAUUAAAAGCGGAGUCCACGAUGUUUGAAAAAUACUUUGGAAAAGGAGACGGGCCGACUACCAAAACACACUUAUAGCCAAUCAGCAGUAAGGAGCGUGUCUACUAACCGACAUCCUUGCCGGGUUGCGUAUGUGUGGGGCGAGUCUUUCAACAGAAGGUCCAGAUUCUAUUGGGGUAGGGGCGUGUUUGUUUAGGUGAUUUCAAAUAUCAACAUUGGCUUUCAAACAUCGUGGACUCCGCCUUUAAAGUCAGCUGUGGACAACAAGUUAGCUCACUAGGUUUUGGAGCAGAGCUUAUAUGUUUACUUGCAUUAGCAUAGCACAGAUUUAUGGGCAUUAUUGAAUCUACAGGCAUACGUAGCAAUUUGUAGCAUUUGCAAAUAUCACAAAACUGCAUUCUGUAAUUGUGGUUACAUGGUUAUUUCUGUUAGACAAUGAAAUGGUUUUAUGUAUUAACUAUUCUCAUACAUUGUCAGUUGUAUAUGUAUGAUGUGUUUAGUCACUCACAAAACAAACACAGCAGGCGGACUGAAUGAUAUUUACACUCUGAAAAAAAUACUGGGAUGUUUUCAACCCAGUGUUGGGUCUAAAGGGAUUACCCUGAACUGUUUAGUUGUAUUUAACUUGUGCUGGUUUGUUUCAACACAAAAUGCUGAGUCAAAUAUAAACAUGUUUUUUGGAAAAAAGGUUUGUCCCCUUUUGACCCACGCUGGAUUGAAAAUAUCCCAACAUUUUUUUAGUAUAGUGUGAUUUUGUACAGAAAGUUUUAACAGUGCCUAUUUUUUUAGAUCUACUGUAUAUUGAAUUAAUUAAAAGGUAAAGGCCCUCCCAGAUAAUUUAUUUUCUAUCUUUAAAAACACAAAAAAUGGUAAGAAUCACAUAUACCUGUUCUGUUAUAAACAAUUUGCCAUUCACACAUACAAUAAAGUCUCAUUUAUUAGUUAA